AUGGGGAAAAUGGCCUCUCUUGUUGCUACUCUUUUAGUUGUUUUAGUGUCACUUAGCUUACCUUCCGAAAGCUCAACUAAUUAUCAAUACUCAUCUCCCCCACCACCAAAGAAGCCAUACCACCCUUCACCAACACCUUAUCAUCCCGCACUAGUUUACAAAUCACCACCACCACCAACUCCAGUUUACAAGUUACCACCACCACCACCCAUGGAGCCAUACUAUCCUCCACACACCCCAGUUUACAAGUCUCCACCUCCCCCAACUCCGGUUUACAAGUCACCACCAAAACCGGUGAAGCCUUACCAUCCUGCACCAGUUUAUAAGUCACCACCACCCCCUACACCUGUUUACAAGUCACCACCACCCCCUACACCUGUUUACAAGUCACCACCACCACUAGUGAAGCCAUACCAUCCUGCACCAGUAUACAAGUCCCCACCACCACCAACUCCAGUUUACAAGUCACCACCUCCCCCAACACCUGUUUACAAGUCACCACCACCAGUGACGCCAUACCAUCCUGCACCAAUAUACAAGUCUCCACCACCACCGACUCCAGUUUACAAGUCACCACUACCCCCAACAUCUGUUUACAAGUCACCACCACCACCAGUGAAGCCAUACCAUCCUGCACCAGUAUACAAGUCUCCACUACCACCAACUCCAGUUUACAAGUCACCACCACCACCAGUGAAGCCAUACCAUCCUGCACCAGUAUACGAGUCUCCACCACCCCCAACUCCAGUUUACACGUCACCACCACCACCAGUGAAGCCAUACCAUCCUGCACCAGUAUACAAGUCUCCACCACCACCUACUCCCGUUUACAAAUCACCACCACCACCAGUGAAGCCAUACCAUCCUGCACCAUUGAGGGAGAGAGAGAGCAGCGAGCUUUCGCUGAUUGGAGAGACGAGAGGGAGGCGGCGAUUUGUCUCGCCAUUCUCGCCGGAGAGGAGACGGGAGGGAGCAAGGAGAGAUGAGAUGAGAAGAGGAAAGCAAAAAGAGGAGGGCGGUGGGAGGAGGGCGACGAGAGGAGCGAGAGGUAGAGCUCACCGGCGAUGGUGGAGCUCUCACCGGUUCUCACUGAUGGAAGGGGUUGCGGCGCUGCUUGAGAGAGAAGAAAAUAAUGAGUUUUCAAAAAAGGAUGAAAAUCUGCCUGAAGAACGAUUCUUGAUAACAGAAGCAUUGACACAUUCAAAUUUUUUGUGUAAAAAUUAUAUUCUGAGUGGCCUGCAAGAUGAUCUCUACAAUGUGUACAGUAAUGUCAAAACCUCAAAAGAACUCUGGAAUGCUUUAGAAAAGAAGUACAAAAUAGAGGAUGCCGGAAUGAAGAAGUUCAUUGUGGCAAAGUUUCUGGACUAUAAGAUGAUAGACAGUAUGACCGUCGUCACCCAAGUUCAAGAAUUGCAGGUCAUAAUCCAUUAUCUCCUUGCUGAAGCACCAGCAGACGAGAAGUUGUUUAUGGCAAACUCCGUUGUUGCAAAGGUGGAAGGAACAUGCAAGGUCAUCUUAAAGAUGACAUCAGGCAAGGUUGUGACUUUGAACAGGGUCUCGUACAUUCCAAAAUUGUGCAAGAACUUGGUUUCUAUACUAGUUUUGACUAAGAACGGAUUCAAAUGUGUAUUUGUUUCUGAUAAAGUUAUAUUGAGUAAGAAUGAGAUGCAUGUAGGAAAAGGUUACCUCAUUGAGGGCCUUUUUAACCUCAAUGUAAUUACAGUUGAUAUGAAUAAAGAUUCUGCUUCUUCUUACUUGCUUGAGUCAAAAUGUUUAUGGCAUGAACGUUUGGGACACGUUAAUGACAAAACCUUGCGAAAACUCUGA